AUGGAAAGGCAAGACAGCCAAAGUCAAGGAUCAGUGGAGCGUGCUAAUCAAGACAUAGAAAAUAUGUUGAGCACGUGGAUGGAAACCAAUCAGUUAUUAAAGUGGUCAGAGGGUUUAAGAUUCAUCCAGGCGAUGAAAAAUAGAGCAUAUCACGAGGGAAUCAAAUGUUCCCCCUAUGAAGCAAUGUUUGGUUGUCCAAUGAAAAUGGGCCUUGCAACUUCAGCAAUCCCUAAUGAUAUGAUUAGAGUUAUAAGAUCUGAAGAAGAUUUAGAGAAGUUGUUGCAUUCGCGUGACAAUAUGGAACAAAAUAAUGACAUCGAAAAUGCAAUCGAACAGGACAAGGAAGAAAGCAUUGUUGAAAAUAAGUCAGAAGGGGAGAUAGACAAUAGCACUCUCAACGAUAAAACACAAGAAGAUGAAAUGAUUAUUACUGAGAAAAUGAAGGCGAAGCAAAUAACCGAUUAUUCCAAUGUAACGAUUCAGAGACAGAUAACAUGA